AUGUAUUCGGAGCAACUUCACUCAUUGAUCGACGAGCUUCGUCAGGAUUUGGAGCACAAAUCGACGAAGCUAACCGCGAUUUGUAGUGAUUUAACGGCCGCCAAAUCGCAGUUCACCGAGCAGGCCUAUAUAGCGGAGCUCGAGGCGAAAUUGAGCACCUACAGCGAGAAAUUGGAGAAAACCACGGCAGAUUUGGUGGAGUGUAAAGCUCGUGUGAGCAAAUUGGAAAAGGAGGUAUGCGAAUUGAAGAAGAAUCCCGAAAUCGAUCUUGUCAAAAAUGCGAUGCGAAUCGCGAAUGCCGAGCUCGCCGCGUUGCGCGCCGAAAACAGCGAGCUGCGGCGGUCGAGGUCCCUUCACAAUUACGCCGACGCCAAUAUUAUGGAUACCGCGCAGAUUUACGCGAUGGGAAUGUCCGAAUCAAAACCACUUCAAAUCGGAUUCCACGGCAAUACAAUGGUGGCCGGUCCCAACUGCAUUCGUGACACCACGUUCAUGUCGGAGAAUUCGGGAAGGAAUCGCCUCUGGGACCACGACACGAUUAAAGCGUUCCAUGAGGCGAACGAGGUGAUUCCGAAGGAAGGCAUUCGCAAAUUCCACUACAACGGCGUCAAAAAAGGCAGGAAUCAACACAUUGCCAAUUAUAUUAAUAAGCGAUGUAAUACAAAUCUAACCGCCGCCCAGGUGUCAUCCUUCCUUCAAAAAAUCACCCGAGCCCGCCAAUUUGGUGAUUUGACACUAUAUUGA